CGUAUUACAUUAAAUUUUAAAAGAUUACUUUUUGUACCUGUUUGUGAAAAUGUGCACUACUAACCGUCGUUUUGAACCUAUGCAAUAUGGUGUCCGAAUCUGUGUUAAUCUGCUUUUAACAUGGGGCUGAUCAGGUGGUUCGAAUAUUUUGUUUUUAUUAUUUGUGCCACAGAUACACGUUCCGCUAUACCUAUUUCCUCCAGUGGGUUAGUAACCCAGAACCUAUUAUAGUGACUUCUAUUUGACUAUUGAAUUUCAGUUGGUGAACUACUAAUAGAUUUUUAUCACGAUUAAUUUUUUAUCACUCAUCGCUUCCAUACUUUUCUUAUCUAGAUCAUAAUAUUUAUCAGGUGGGAAACUAACACGUUUGGUCAUUCCUUCAAAUGAUCAAAGUACCGGGCUUUGUUAUUUCCCAGCUACUGGGAAGAGGGACGUAUGGACAAGUAUACAUGGGAAGAAAUUCCGUAAGUAAAAAUUUCAUGCAUAACCUUCAUAUUUUUCCAAGGGUUCAAGUAAGCUAGUAGCAAUUAAAUGCAUUAUGAAGUUGAAACUAAGCAAUCGAGCCCGGGAUAAUUUAGUCAGUGAAAUUUCUAUUUUGAAAGCUCUUGAGCAUCCCCAUAUUGUUCGUAUGCUUGAUUUUACAUGGGAUGCAUCUUUUGUGUAUAUUAUAAUGGAGUUUUGUGGCGGAGGAGAUCUUAGCAGAUUUUUGAGGUUGAAAAGAAGAUUAGAUGAACUGCUUGUGCAACGCUUUUUACAACAGUUAGCUUUAGCUCUUCAAUACUUAAAAAGUAAAAAUAUAGUCCACAUGGAUUUAAAACCUCAGAAUAUUUUGCUCACAUCAAUUAACAAUCCAAGCUUGAAGCUUGCCGACUUUGGAUUCGCUCAAUGUAUUAAAGAGACAGCUAAAAAGAAUGAAGUUCGUGGCACAUUAUUGUAUAUGGCACCUGAAAUAUUCUGCGAGGGUUUUUAUCAUCCUUCAUGUGAUCUAUGGUCUAUUGGUAUUAUUCUAUAUGAAUGCCUAUUUGGCACUACUCCCUAUGGUCAAAUUACAAUUGAACAAUUAAAAGAGAAAUUAGUGGCAAUGGAUGAACAAAUUAAGUUACCUUCUACAAAUGAAAUAAGCGAACCAUGUGCUGCUUUAAUACAUGGUUUAUUAAAACGGGACCCUUCUGAACGAUUAAAUCAUGAACAAUUUUUUUCACAUCCAUUCAUUGAUUUAGAUCAUGCACCAUCAGCACAAAGUCUGGAUAAAGCUGCCGAAUAUCUUAAACGUGCGCCUCAACUACAAUCACUGGGAAAAUUAUGUGAAGCCUACGAUUGUUAUCUAGAAGGUUUAAAUCACCUAAUGGCUGCAUAUAAUUAUGAGCCAUCGCGCUUCAAGAAAUCGCAAAUACGAAACCUGAUGAAAGAUCAUUUACUAAAAACGGAAUCACUGAAAUUAGAAUUAUGUCUACUUAGUCACACGGAUGUGACUUCAUCGUCGUCACCUCAAUUAGAGCCAAAAACUCUUAACAGUCAAGCAGUUAAUUUACCUGAUCCUAUUGUUCCAGUGAAAUGUUAUGAUGUAUCACGACAGCCUAAAAAGAAUGCCGAUUCAUCAAAGAAAGGCCUAUUGCAUUAUCUAUCAAAAGAAAAAGAUGAUCAUCAGUCUUCAUUGAAAAGCAAUUCAUCACCUACUUCUGAAACAAAUCAACCACAAGAUUCAGGUACAAGUGAUAAUUUUACAUAUUUUAGGGGAGACUGUUUGUCGACAGAUUCAGUCGAACAAAUUAAUGUUUGUUUAUCCUCAGAUAAAGCUGGAGUUCUUACUCGUAUUAAGCAUUGGUUUUCGCGACAGAAUGAUAAGACUGAAAAUCCUUAUCAAUACGGUGGAAAAGCUAAACCUGUGCCUACCGCUAUAUUGGUUGAGGUGGAUCAUUCGAAUUCUACACAGUUGCCAUUGGGAUCGCUUCACUCUCCUUCUGUCCUUCCUUCAUCUCCUAGUCCUUAUCCAAAUUCAACGGACACAAUUGAACAAGAAGAAUCUUUAGCUCUUAAUCAGUCUGUUAAUUCCUCUACAAUUGAACCGGCCAUUGAAUCAAAUGUGAAGACACCUUCUUUGGAUUCUUCAAAGUUCAGGGAUUCCUAUUUAGAAUCUGGACCAAAUGUCGAUUCAACUGAUAUGGUAGACGGUCUAACUGAGAAAUUUGAUCGUAGUCGACUUUUAGAACUGGGUACCUCCAGCAAUAUUGUGGUUGAAUUUUUGGACAAGUUUUAUGAACUUAUUUCUAAACAUCAUUUACAAGAAGCACUGAUUUACUUUCAAAAUGAAUUUUCAAAUUGUUUAAAAGAAGCUCAAAAUGAUUCUAAUUCCAAGAACCGGAGUAUUUUGUUUAAAGAGUUAAAUCUUGCCAUGGAUAAAGCCGAACAAAUCAAAGCCGAGUUAAAUUAUAACAGUACAAUGAUGAUUGGUGAAAAUGAAUCUUCUAGUUUUCAAAUUGGUGAAGACGUACUCGACGAAAAUCCACAAGAAGAAGAUCAGUGCUUAUUAAUGUGAUAUAUAUGGAGAGAGCGAGGUCUAUCUGACCUAUUUUAUGUUGUUUGUUGAAAGCUUGAUAUCUUUCAAUUAAUCGUGAUAUUGUGUAUAUUUAUUAUUUGCAUAUUUUUCUUAUUUCUUUUUCUUAUGUGUAACUGGUAAUGUUAUAUGUAACUGUUAAUUUCUAUCGUAUAAACACUUGUGGUGCUUGUGCACCUCAUAUAUAGAUCAUAUUAUCUUUUAUCGAAAAAUGUCUUUCAUACGAAUUUUUUCUUUUAAUAUACUUUAACGGUAAAUAUAAACAAAUUGUUUUGU